GGAGGAGUAGGCACGACCCCAGCCGCGAGCUUGCCAGCCACCAGCCGGCCGCCCGCUCGCCUGCAGCCCCGGCAGCAGCCGCUGGAAGAAGCGUCUGCACCGGGAGGGACGUGGGGACCUGCUGGGCUGGACGCGGCGGCCCCCUCCCCCGGGCCCGCCCCAGGGCCGUGGCCGUCAGCCGGGGGAGACUUGCCCGCUUCCUUGCUGAGCGAUGCUGGUCUCCGAGGAGACUCGUUUUCCCAGGAGCCGCCAGAGGGAGAGGAUCAGGUGCCAUGAGGUGAGCGCCAGGCCUGCUGAGCCUCCGCAGAGCCGCCAGCCAUGCCCGGGAUCGUGGUGUUCCGGCGGCGCUGGUCUGUGGGCAGCGACGACCUGGUGCUGCCGGCCAUCUUCCUCUUCCUCCUGCACACCACCUGGUUUGUGAUCCUGUCCGUGGUGCUCUUCGGCCUGGUCUACAGCCCGCACGAGGCCUGCUCCCUGAACCUGGUGGACCACGGCCGCGGCUACCUGGGCAUCCUGCUGAGCUGCAUGAUCGCCGAGAUGGCCAUCAUCUGGCUGAGUAUGCGCGGGGGCAUCCUCUACACGGAGCCCCGCGAGUCCAUGCAGUACGUGCUCUACGUGCGCCUGGCCAUCCUGGUGAUCGAGUUCAUCUACGCCAUCGUGGGCAUCGUCUGGCUGACCCAGUACUACACCUCCUGCAACGACCUCACCGCCAAGAACGUCACCCUGGGGAUGGUCGUCUGCAACUGGGUGGUCAUCCUGAGCGUGUGCAUCACCGUCCUCUGCGUCUUCGACCCCACGGGCCGCACCUUCGUCAAGCUGCGGGCCACCAAGAGGAGGCAGCGCAACCUGCGCACCUACAACCUGCGGCAUCGGCUGGAGGAGGGCCAGGCCACAAGCUGGUCGCGCCGGCUCAAGGUGUUCCUGUGCUGCACGCGAACCAAGGACUCGCAGUCAGACGCCUACUCGGAAAUCGCCUACCUCUUUGCCGAGUUCUUCCGGGACCUGGACAUCGUGCCCUCCGACAUCAUCGCUGGCCUGGUCCUGCUCCGGCAGCGGCAGCGGGCCAAACGCAAUGCUGUGCUGGACGAGGCCAACAACGACAUCCUGGCCUUCCUGUCGGGGAUGCCCGUGACCAGGAACACCAAGUACAUCGACCUCAAGAACUCGCAGGAGAUGCUGCGCUACAAGGAGGUCUGCUACUACAUGCUGUUCGCGCUGGCCGCCUACGGCUGGCCCAUGUACCUGAUGCGGAAGCCUGCCUGCGGCCUCUGCCAGCUGGCCAGGUCCUGCUCGUGCUGCCUGUGCCCCUCCCGGCCCCGGUUUGCGCCCGGCGUCACCAUCGAGGAAGACAACUGCUGCGGCUGCAACGCCAUUGCCAUCCGGCGCCACUUCCUGGACGAGAACCUGACGGCCGUGGACAUCGUCUACACCUCCUGCCACGACGCGGUGUACGAAACCCCCUUCUACGUGGCGGUGGACCACGACAAGAAGAAGGUGGUCGUCAGUAUUCGGGGAACCCUGUCCCCCAAGGACGCCCUGACGGACCUGACCGGUGACGCCGAGCGCCUGCCGGUGGAGGGCCACCACGGCACGUGGCUGGGACACAAGGGCAUGGUCCUCUCGGCCGAGUACAUCAAGAAGAAGCUGGAGCAGGAGAUGGUGCUAUCCCAGGCCUUCGGGAGGGACCUGGGCCGCGGGACCAAACACUACGGCCUGAUUGUGGUGGGCCACUCCCUGGGCGCGGGCACCGCCGCCAUCCUGUCCUUCCUGCUGCGCCCCCAGUACCCGACCCUCAAGUGCUUCGCCUACUCCCCGCCCGGCGGCCUGCUGAGCGAGGACGCCAUGGAGUACUCCAAGGAGUUCGUGACGGCCGUGGUUCUGGGCAAAGACCUUGUCCCCAGGAUCGGCCUGUCCCAGCUGGAGGGGUUCCGCAGACAGCUCCUGGACGUCCUGCAGCGGAGCACCAAGCCCAAAUGGCGGAUCAUCGUGGGAGCCACGAAGUGCAUCCCCAAGUCAGAGCUGCCCGAGGAGGCAGAGGUGACCACCAUGGCCAACACACGGCUCUGGACGCACCCCAGCGACCUGACCAUCGCCCUGUCGGCCAGCACCCCCCUCUACCCACCUGGCCGCAUCAUCCACGUGGUGCACAACCACCCCGCCGAGCAGUGCUGCUGCUGCGAGCAGGAGGAGCCCACGUACUUCGCCAUCUGGGGCGACAACAAGGCCUUCAACGAGGUGAUCAUCUCCCCGGCCAUGCUGCACGAGCACCUCCCCUACGUGGUCAUGGAGGGGCUCAACAAGGUGCUGGAGAACUACAACAAGGGGAAGACGGCCCUGCUCUCUGCUGCCAAGGUCAUGGUGAGCCCCACCGAGGUGGACCUCACUCCCGAGCUCAUCUUCCAGCAGCAGCCGCUGCCCACGGGGCCCCCCGUGCCCGCCGGCCUCGCCCUGGAGCUGCCCCCCGCAGACCACCGCAACAGCAACGCCAGAAGCAAGUCCCAGUCGGAGAUGAGCCUGGAGGGCUUCUCGGAGGGGCGGCUGCUGUCCCCAGUGGCUGCGGCCGCGGCCGCGCGCCAGGACCCCGUGGAGCUGCUGCUGCUGUCCACGCAGGAGCGGCUGGCGGCCGAGCUGCAGGCGCGGCGGGCGCCGCUGGCCACCAUGGAGAGCCUGUCGGACACGGAGUCGCUGUACAGCUUCGACUCGCGCCGCUCCUCCGGCUUCCGCAGCAUCCGCGGCUCGCCCAGCCUGCACGCCGUGCUGGAGCGCGACGAGGGCCACCUCUUCUACAUCGACCCCGCCAUCCCCGAGGAGAACCCGUCCCUGAGCUCCCGCACCGAGCUGCUGGCCGCCGACUCGCUGUCCAAGCACUCCCAGGACACCCAGCCCCUGGAGGCCGCGCCGGGCAGCGGGGGCGCCACCCCCGAGCGGCCCCCCAGCGCGGCGGCCCGCGAGCGGGGGGAGGAGGAGGGGGGCGGCGGGGAGCUGGCGCUGCACAACGGCCGCCUGGGGGACUCGCCCAGCCCCCAGGUGCUGGAGUUCGCCGAGUUCAUCGACAGCCUCUUCAACCUGGACAGCAAGAGCGGCUCCUUCCAGGACCUGUACUGCAUGGUGGUGCCCGAGAGCCCCACCAGCGACUACGCCGAGGGCCCCAAGUCGCCCAGCCAGCAGGAGAUCCUGCUCCGGGCCCAGUUCGAGCCCAACCUGGUGCCCAAGCCCCCGCGGCGCUUCGCAGGCUCGGCUGAGCCCUCCUCGGGCAUCUCGCUGUCGCCCUCCUUCCCGCUCAGCUCCUCCGGGGAGCUCAUGGACCUGACGCCCACCAGCCUCAGCAGCCUGGACAAGAUCCGGACUCCCUCCCCGCCCGGCCGCGGGGCCGGCCCCGCCCAGCAGGAGGACCUGGCCAUCUCGGCACGCUAGCCCCCCGCCCCCACCCCCCCACGCCCGCACCCGCGCCGACGGCCCCUCGGGCUCCAGGCGGCUGCCCCCGGAGGUCCGGUCAGCUUUGAGGAGAGGCCCCGGAGGUCAGUUGAGCCUCAGGCCUGGGGCGCUGCUGCUGAGCUGGGGGGUCACGUCCCUACCUCAGCCUAGAACCCCCAGAGCCAUGCAGCCGGCAUCUGGGCCCUCCAGACAGGGGCAGGGUGAGGAGGGGGAAAGAGCCUGGGGCCCUGCCACCUGCCCACCCUGCGGCCCCUGGCACCCCUGCUCCAGGACAAGCAGUGGCCACGAAUGCCCUUCCCUGCCCUCUGCUGCUCUCCCAGGGCCAGGAGGGAGAGCGGCCCUGCCCCACAUACUCUCACCUGUGGGCCAGGCUGGCAUCGGCCCUGGCCACCCCCCCCCCCAAGACCUGGUGCCUGCUGGCCAGCCCCUGAUGACCCCACGGGGGCCUGCAGUGCUGUGUAUGUUUACAGAAGCUGCUGGGCGGGGCUGCGGUGUGUCCUGGGCGUGCAAGCCCCACCUCCUCAAUCCUGUUCCGUGGCCCCGCUGGGCAGGGCAGGUGCCUGGGGAGUCCGGAGGAGGUGGGGUCAGGACCGCCCUGCUCUCCUCAGUGUUCCUCACCCUGUCCCCUCUGUGGAUGGGCCCUGGGCGCCCAGCCCGCCCGCUGCUCCUUACCUCCCAGCUCGUCUCUACCCCUGGGGUCCUGGUCAUUCCAAGGAUGGAGGGCACCACCGGGACCACCCCUGGCUGCUGAGUUAGUGCCCUGGGGGGGGGCACACCCAACCCCUCUUCCUUGUAGGCUCCACGGGACCUCACCUCCCCCCCACGCCUGGGCAGCUCGGGCCCUAGGAUCUGAGACCAAACGCCUUCUACUCCCCUCGCCCCUCCUCGCUGGCCUGGGCCUCGCCUGGGCGAUCUUCCUUCUAGUCGCCCGUGUCUGUUGACAGAAAGUGGGACCAAGGGUGGGGCACGGUGGCACCGGCUCACUGCUGGGUCAGGGGCUCUGGGGCUGGCCUGGCUUCGCCUGGGGGCUCCACAGCCCCCCCUGAGCGCUCGCUCCCCUUUGGAGAGCGGCCCUUCUCCCAGAGGCCCCGUGGGGGGCUGUGCAUGCUCGCGUGGGGCACCGGGGUGCAUGUGCAUGGGUGCGUGCUGUUCCUGAGGGAGGGGCCGCUGGGGUGCCCACCCGCCUGCCCGCCACUCCUCCCCACCUGCCAAGAGAGCAGCCCGGGACCACGAUGUGGCCGGGACGCAGGGGAGCCGGGUUUGGACGUCACCUGUUCUCCUGUCGCACCUGCUGCUCUGACCCCUGAUUUGGAAAACCUGUGCCAAGGCGCUGACAUCCGCUGUGCCUUCGUCUCCUCGGAGGCAUAACCCUCCCCCCUCUGGCCCCACCGUGGCCCCCGUCAGCUUGGCUCCCCGUCCCCUGAUCACUGGUACCUUGGGCUGUGCCAUGACCCUGACCCCACUCACCGCUGGGAUUGGCCCAGACCCUGCCCUGGGACCCUGCCCCCACCCCCCGACCGAGGGGCACCGAGACCUGGAGGGAGCUGGGCCUCCCUCCCUCUGUGACUCCCACCCCUCACCAGGCUCCCCGCCCUGCCCCUGCUGCAGGCCCAGCACAGAAGCAAUUCGAAUCAGUGGCCCUUCGCGUACGAAGACAGACCAAUGAGAAAUCAGAGUAACGUUCCCACGAGCACCCAGGCCAACCGCAGGGAGCCUUUCGGUCUGGCCUUCCCAUGCCUCCUCCGCCGAGGCGGGCCCAAGACCUCUGAGGGGUGUGGCGCCCACCCGUGCCCAGGACUGAGCCAUCAGGGACAGACGCCCCGCCCCAAGGCUGCAGCCACACAGGGUUACAGGCUUGGGGCCGGGGCAGACUCGGACUCAGCCCUGAUGCUCCGGGGCCAGCCCACCCCUCCCCGCCCCCACCCGACGGGUGGCCUGCCUGUGUCUCUGCCCUCCUCCCACAUCACACUUGGGGGGUCUGAGCCACCCCCCUCAGCCCCGCUCGGCUCAGCUUGACCCCCUCACUCUGUUCCCCAGACCCGCAGCACAAGCUCCCCCGGCCACGCGCUGGCCUGUCCUCUGGGGGCCUGGGUGGCCGGGGACCCCCAUAUGCAAUCGAUAGCGAGCAGCCGGGCCCCCCGCCCCGACAUGCACUCCAUGUGCCAUUCUCCUGCGACGUUUUUGUACCUAAUGUAUGAAAGAUCCAGACUAACACUGCUGUACAGAGGAGAGACAAAUUAAUAUAGCCUAUUCUAUAAAUAUAUCUGUAUAUAACGGUUCCUGUACAUUGUAUAGACUACUGUGUAUAAACUGGAUGCAGAA